AUGGCGAUGCAAUACAUUAACUAUAUCAAAAACCGGACGCCUUUUGCGACCAAGUCCGAGGCGCCAGUAUUGUCGGAGGAUGACGAGGCUUUCCUGAACAAAAUCACUUCAGAGGAGAAUCCUCCCGCACUACCUCCCAGACCAGAUGCGGAGAACGCAAGCCUCUUGCCCUUCAAAGAUGCUCAGUUUGCCCUCAUGGACGGGGCACAAAAUAUACCGUUGCCGGAUACCCCACAGGUUGAAAUGACUGAAGAGCCACUGGGCGAGAAAUCGCUCACAAAUGCAGCAGCCAAGCCCCGGUCAACCUGGAGCUGGCUCAGACGCGAUAGCAGAGACACAGGUCGCGGAAAGGCCGCUACGGAUCUUGCAGAAGUUGCCCAGGGUCUGAAGGAUGCUGACGCCAAACCAAAUGAGGACAACGUGGUACCAGACGCAGAAGCCAAGAAGGAAGAAGAGGACAUGGCCGAGGUCCUUGACAGCCUGAAUCUUGCUGCUGUGAACAACCGAGUCUUCUCCAUCAGUGACGAGACGCAGGAACUCCUGCAGAAGUUCAAUCAGAUCGUCAAAGACCUCAUCAACGGCGUGCCGACAGCAUAUGACGAUCUUGAGAAGUUACUCACACUUGGAGAUGACCAGCUGACCAAAACGUUUCAAGCCAUGCCCAGCUUCUUACAGACCCUCAUCACGAAGCUGCCACAAAGCAUGACUGCAGGGCUGGUCCUGGCUGAUGGCGGCUGCAAUGCUGGCAAAGCGGCUGCUACAGCCAAGAAGAUGGGCUUCAAGACUCCGUCAUUAAAGGAUCUAACCGGAAAGCCUGCAGCGGUCGCAAGCUUGCUGAGAUCCAUCAUCAUGUAUCUGCGGACUCGAUUUCCGGCAUUUUUAGGCAUGAACGUCCUCUGGUCUUUGGCAAUGUUUGUGCUCUUAUUCGUUUUCUGGUACUGUCACAAGCGUGGCAAGGAGGUCCGCCUAGAAAAGGAGAGGGACCUCACCGAGCAGGAAGUCUCCAGACUCGAUGAUGAAUACAGGGCAACACAUCCUGGGGGGACGAUCAAAACCACAGCUGCCCCAGAUGCCACGAUCGAUGAGGUCCAAGCUGGCAUUGAUGAGGCAAGGAAGGAGACAGCUACAUCAGAGGCUGCGACAACAACCGAGAAAGUAACGGCUUCGUAA